UCUCUCUCUCUCUAUAAACAUUGAACAGCAAAGCCAACUUUGUGAUAAUCGCUGUGAAUCUAAAUCUCCAAAAAAAAAAUUGUGUCUUUAUAUACAGUUCUUGCCCCCAAACCAACUCUUGAAUCCGAAAUUCACAUCAAACUUCCAAAAAAAAGAAGAAAAACCCACAAACCCUAAACCGAAAAUAGAUCAAAAGAGAUCGAAAAGAAGAAACAUUUGAUACAGACCGAUCACCAGAUCGACAUGCUCGCUCAGCCUCCUAAACCAUCCGCUCUCCCCGUUCAUCUGCCGGCGAUAUCACUGGCUGUAUCCGACGGCGAGGCAGAUUCCGGCAAUAACCAGACCGUGACGUGGCACACCGAGUUCCAGAGACGCUUCCCAUCUCUCUCAUGCGACUCCACGGCGGCGCGUUACCAUACGCACAGCGUGGGCCCCAACCAGUGCUGUUCCGCCGUCGUGCAGGAGAUCGCCGCCCCCGUCUCGGCAGUGUGGUCCGUCGUCCGCCGCUUCGACAACCCACAGGCCUACAAGCACUUCGUGAAGAGCUGCCACGUCAUCCUCGGCGACGGCGACGUGGGCACCCUCCGAGAGGUCCAAGUGGUCUCGGGCCUCCCCGCCGCGAGAAGCACCGAGAAGCUCGAGAUACUGGACGAUGAGAGCCACGUCAUCAGCUUCAGCGUCGUCGGUGGGGACCAUCGCCUAGCCAACUAUAGGUCGGUGACGACGCUCCACGUGUCACCGUCCGGGGAAGGGUCCAUGGUGGUGGAGUCGUACGUUGUGGAUGUUCCGCCGGGGAACACAAAGGACGAAACUUGCAACUUCGUCGACGUCAUUGUACGGUGCAACCUCCAGUCGCUCGCCAAGAUCGCAGAGAAUCUUGGAGGAACCAAACUGGAAACGACGUCGUCGCUGUGAGUACCGUGCUUCUGUUAGAUCCGACGUCGUUUUGUCAUGUCGUCCGACGUCCGAUUAACACCCAUCUAUGUGAAAUAUAUACAUACAUAUAUAUUAAGUCAUCAUUUUAGUUUUCUUUCUCUCUAUAUUUUCCAAUGUCAAUACGAACAAAUUUGAAUCGAGAUCCCCUAUUCCGGCUUUUA